AUGGCCUCCAGUUCCAACUCGGCACACCCCGCAGCUGCAGCGGCUGGCUUAUCUCCGUCUGACUCGUCUGCUGCCUCCGAGGAGGACGACUUCUUGAAACGCUUCGAGUCUUUCUCGCUUGCACUGGGCCCUGCCGAGCCUGCACCCCCGCCGCUCGACCCUGCGGAUGUCAUGCGCAAGUACGAUGAGCUGGCUAAAGCUGUGGCCAACCUCUCACUCAAGGAGGUGAAGACAGAUGUCGAGGGCGUCGUCGAGAAGGUCAAGCCGCUUUACACCGCGGUUGGAGUGGUGAACGACUAUAUCGACUACGCGUUGACCAUGUUUCCCACCCUGACCCCGAUGUCAGCCCAGUUUUGUCUCGAUUCCAUUCAGAGACCCGUCAAAACCUACCGCAAGGAGGUUGAAGCCCUCCUUAAAGCCCGCCUGGCCGAGUCACUCCAACCAAUGAUUGCGGCCAAGUUAAUGCAUCCACAUGCAAGCAAGGACCAUAAACCAGCCACGUGUGAGCAGGCCGCCGAACCAUUUGGGUGCUUUGAGCUCAACCUUGCCGAGCGGCCGACAUUUGCAGAGUGUGGCCAUGCGAACUCUGAGGCAUCUGUGCAUCUUGACGUGCACUCGACUCUGAAAACCAUCAAUUUGAGUCUUGGUUUACCUAUCAAAAUGCGGGCAGAAUGGCCUCAUCCUUCGACAACAACAGCUGACGACGCUGCCUCAUCUGAUACUCCUUCAUCCGCUGCUACAUCGGACGCUCUUCCGUCAGACGCUGCUGCCGUUCGCGCAGGGAAAGGCAGGCAACCGGCAUCUGCUGAUCCUUCAUCCGCCUCUUCGUCGCCUGCUCCAUCUUUCAUGAGCCAAAAGAAGGGCAAGCAAGCGUCGGGCCCUGCGACUGCCGCUUCGGCACCUGCCAUCCGACCGAAUUUUGUCAUCACAACCAUGAACGGACAGCCGCUACUCGUGGUUGAAGUCAAGUGCCCGACGACCCACCGGGUCAAAGGCAUGUAUGAGUGCAAAGGUGGGGAUUUGGAGCCCCGCGAGGUGUCGGACAACAACCCCGAUUCGGAUGCUGUCAAGCACAAUACAACCCUCGGGCACCUGCAAGGCCAGCUGUACGACUACCUGCGCUCGCCUCACGAGGACUUUUGCAUGGUGCCGUACUUUGGCAUCCUCACGACGUACCACGAGUGGGCAGUCUACUGGCUCGCCGAUGACCAGGAACAACACCUUCAAGACACUCCCUCCUGCACGACCGAGUGCGCGACUGUUUCGGACGUCGGCGAGUUCAAGAAGAUCAUUCUUGAACUCGAGAGACGAGCAACCGUCACGACAGACGCGCAGUGGCCAUCGCUCAAAGUUGUCCCCACGUUUGGCAACGUGCACAACCCAGCAGCAACUUCAGCGAAGGUGUUUCAACAAGGCGAAGCGACGCGCCGCCUCAUCCGCACGCGCGUGUUCAAGUGGAACGAUCCCGACCUCGUCAACGUGUUGCAGAACGUCAUUUUCAAGGCCUAUCACCUGUCGCAACUGCGCUUCCACCCUCAUUUCGGUGAAAGCUCCUCGUGCCUACUCUACAGUAACAACCAGCUUACACAGACCAGAACGCAUGGCCGCGUUCAGUUGGACUUCAACACCUUCUCCAACAAGGUCGUUCGAUCUGGGUACAUUUUUGGAGGCCCAAAGCCGACCAACGUUUACUGCUUUGUUGACCUCGGUCGCGGACGUGACGGCCAUGCAUGGCUUGCGAGCCCGUACACCAAACUGAACCACGGUGUCUGUGUCCUGAAGGUGCGCAAUCCGCGCGUCACAUCGUCAUUGUCCGCAACAGGAGAGGCGGCGCUUUGGCGCGAGAUCUGGGGAUCCCGCCACAAAAACACGCUAAUUGCAAAUCCUUUCCUCGAGACCCACAGCGUUGAUGAUGCCAUUUACAUGCCAUAUGUCAAGAUGGUCGGGGAUGUCCGGCUUUGCGAGGAUGAGGAACGUCGUCCCAUUCUGGUUGCAGCCGCGCGUGCAGUUGAACACAUGGCUUCGCUUGGCUACCGACACAAAGACGUGCGCUGGCGUCACGUCGGUAUCUACCGUAUCAUGGGCGACGACACGUUGUAUGCGGUGCUGAUCGACUUGUCCGAUGUGGAAAAGGUCUUCGACAAAGCCGAAGCCAGAAACAGUAUGCUUGCGAAACUUGACAUUGACGAAAGCCUCCUAGAAAAGAACGCAAUGCAUUCCACCACCUGCAGCUGGCUCGUAAAGUAG